AUGGUUAGAGGUAAAAGGAGAAUAGCGCUGAGUGAUGACGAAGAUGUGGAAGAUACAUUCAUAAACAACAGUGAUUUGCAACCUACGAGUGCUUUGACUGUGAAUGGAUCCACUGCUGAUUCAAAUUCAUACUCAGACAAUGAAUCCAAUAAUGAUGAUAAUGAACCACAUGAAGACAAAGAAAGUAAUGAUCUGGAUGAUAAAGAAGAGUUUCAGGAUGCUCCACAGAACCCAGAAGUUUCUGAAGGAAGUGAUGUUUCUGAUAAAGAUACCCCAGACAUCUCCAAACAUAACGAAACCCUGGAUACAAGUGAUGAUAUAACAAGAGAAAUGAUUGAACAUCAAGCAUCUGAUGAAUCCAAGACUCAUAUUGAUCCCGAUCACGAGUCUACGGAGAUAAAGGUUGAUGAAAAUCAGGUGAAUGCUGAAGAACACCCAGUAGAACAACCAGUUGAAAACCACGUAGAAACAAAUCAAAAUGGUGAAAUUGAUGGACCUAUACCCACCAAAACACCUAAAAAUGAACCAAGAUUGGUCAUUGAACAGUUGGUUUUAACAAAUUUCAAAUCUUAUGCUGGAAGACAAGUCAUUGGUCCAUUCAAUGCAUCCUUUUCAGCCGUUGUUGGUCCUAAUGGUAGUGGUAAAUCCAAUGUUAUUGAUUCCAUGUUAUUCGUCUUUGGUUUUAGAGCUUCUAAAAUGAGACAAGGAAAAUUAAGUGAAUUGAUCCAUAAUUCAGAAGGUGAAAGAAUGGAAUUCUGUCAAGUUGAUAUCCAUUUCAAUCAUGUGAUUGAUGAUAAUGAAAAUGAAAAUGCAAAGAUUGUAGAUAAUUCUCAAUUAAUUGUUAGUAGGAAAGCUUUCAAGAAUAAUUCAUCCCAAUAUUAUAUCAACGGUAGAACUAGUAAUUAUACGGAAGUUACCACUUUAUUGAAAGAUAAAGGGAUCGAUUUAGAUCAUAAAAGAUUUUUGAUUUUACAAGGUGAAGUUGAAUCUAUUGCACAAAUGAAACCUAAAGCAGAAAAGGAAAAUGAUGAUGGGUUAUUGGAGUAUCUUGAAGAUAUUAUUGGUACUUCUCAUUAUAAAGGUAUGAUUGAAGAAAGUUUGACGAAAAUUGAUGAAUUAAAUGAUAUUUGUAUAGAAAAAUCCAACAGAUUCGAAUUAGUAGAGAAAGAUAAAGAUCAAUUGGAAGAUAAGAAAAAUGAAGCCCUUAAAUUCUUAGAAAUGGAGAAGAAAUUGAUCAAUGCUAAGUCCAUUCAAUUCCAAAUCAGUUUAAAUAAAAAUAAUAGUAAAUUAACUAAAGUUUUACAAAGUUUAGAAGAAUUGAAAGCUGGACAUCAUGAAGAAAUGACCAAAAAUCAAUUAUUGAUGGAAAUUUUACAAGAAAAUCAAAAUAAUCAAAGAUCUUUAACUAAAGAAAUUGGUAAAUUUACUAAAGAAAUCAAUCAUUUGCAAGAAAAACUGAAAGUUUUGAAUAAACAUAUUGUUUCUGUUGAUGAAAAGAUAAAGAAUUUGACAUCAAAGGUGAAAAAAUUAUCUAAGAAUAAAGAAUCUUCCGAACAUUCAUUAUCAAUGGCUAGACUGAAAUUAGAACAAGAAUUGAAAGUAUCAGAAGAAUAUAAAUUAGAACUUGAAAACUUAACUAAUGAAAUGAGUGUUGAAAGAAUCAAAUUAGAUGAAAUCAGAUUGAAAUUGAAGUCAAAAACUUCUGCUUAUACCGAAGAAAUCGAAAAAUUAACCAACCAAUUAGAACCUUGGAAUGAUAAAUUAAAACAAGAAGAUAAUCAAAUCCAAUUAAUUGAUAGUUCUAUUGAUAUUUUAGUUAAAGAAAAAGAAUCUUUCCAGAAGAAACUUGAUAAUGCUAGAGAAAGAUUAAUCUCUAUUAAGAAUGAAGGUAAACAGAAAGAACAAGAAUAUGUUGAAAUACAAAACAAGUUAGAUCAUUAUGAAGAACAAAUCAAACUUGGUGAAGAAACUGUUACCAAUGAAAGGAAAUCAUUAACAGCCACCAAAACCAAAUUGGAUAAUUUUAGAAUGAAAAUUAAUGAAUUGGUUAAUGUGGCUAACCAUAAUCAGAACAAGAAUCGUGUUUUGAAUGGAUUAAGUAAAUUAUCUAAAUCAGGAAGAAUUCAAGGUUUCCAUGGAAGAUUAGGAGAUUUGGGUGUUAUUGAUGAUAGAUAUGAUAUUGCUAUAUCAACUGCAUGUCCAGCAUUGGAUUCCAUGGUUGUUGAUACUGUUGAAACUGCACAAAUAUGUAUUCAAUAUUUACGUAAGAAUAAUUUGGGAUAUGCUAAUUUCAUUUGUUUGGAAAAAUUAAGGAAAUUCAAUUUAUCACCAAUAAAAACCCCUGGUAAUCCUCAAACUGUUAAGAGAUUAUUCGAUUUGAUUACUGCUAAGGAUGAUAAGUUCUUACCAGCAUUUUAUAGUAAAAUAUUCGAUACUUUGGUAGCAUCAAACUUACAAGAAGCAAGACAAGUAGCUUAUGGAGCUAAAAGAUAUAGAGUUGUUACCUUGGAUGGGAAAUUGGUAGAUACUUCCGGUACCAUGUCUGGAGGUGGUAAUUCAUUCCAAAAAGGUGGAAUGUUAUUAGCAUCACAAAAAUCUGUCGAUGUUGAAAUGAUUGAUGAAGACGAAUUAAACAAUGAAAAAGCUAAAUUGAGUGAUAUGGAAAUUAGCUAUGAUAAGUUAGCUAAAGAUUAUCAGAUUAAGUUGGAUCAAUUGAAUAACUUGAAGAAUACCUUGCCCGAUGUUCAAUUAAGUUUAGAUAAAUUGAAAUUGGAUAUUGAAUCUUUAGGAAGUGAAAAACGUGAAGUGUCAACGUUAAUUAAAAGAUUGAUUGAUGAAAGUACUAAUAGUGAGAACACUAAAGAACUUGAAGAUAGAAUCCAACAACAAGAAUCAGUUAAACAGGGCCAUGUUAAUGCACGUAAUGAACUCAAAGAACAAAUGAAAGAUUUAGAAACAAAGAUCAGUGAAUUAGAAGAAAAGAUCAUGGAAGCUGGAGGUGUUGAAUUAAGACUUCAAAAUUCUAAGAUUGAUUCUAUCAAACAAAAAAUUGAAAUCAUUAAUGAUAAGUCCAGUAAUGAUAAGAUAUCUAAACGUAAAUUAGAGAAUGAGAUCAAAAAACAUACUAAAAUAGUUGAGGAGAAUUCCAUCGAAAUUACCAAUGUAGAACAAGAAUUAUCCGAGAUUUCCAAUACUGAUAACUCUAAACAACAAGAAUUAGAUGAAAUCAAUACUACCAUUGCUAAAUUAGAAGAUGAAAAAAUUGAAGUGGAGAAUAAAUUGACGGAAAUCAAAGCCGAACAUGAAAUAAAACAAAAGGAAGUUAACCAGUUCAAAUCAUUGGAAAUUGAAUUCAAUAAUAAGUUGGAGCAAUUGACUAAUCAAGAGAAUUCUUUGAAAUCAAAAAUCACCAAUAAUGAAAUCAAUCUUGAUUCUUUAAUCGUAAGAGAAUGUUCCGAAUAUAUCCAUUGGCUUCCCGAGGAAGAACAAGUUAAAUAUAAUUCAACUAAUAUUGAAAAAUUAACUGACGAAGAUAUUGAGAAUAUCAAUUUUGAUGAUAUAAAUGAAGAAAUCCAUACUAUUGAAGAAUAUAUGAAGAAUGUCAAAGUUGAUAUCGAGAUCUUGAAAGAAUACGGUAAUAAAUUACAAGAAUUUGGUGUCAGACAAACAGAAUUGAAUCAAUCUAUUAGUUCAAGAGAUGAAAUCAAAAACCAUUGUGAAGAAUUGAAACGUAAAAGGUUAGAUGAAUUUAUGGAAGGUUUUAAUACUAUCUCAUUAUCAUUGAAAGAAAUGUAUCAAAUGAUUACUAUGGGAGGAAAUGCUGAAUUAGAAUUAGUCGAUAGUUUAGAUCCAUUCUCUGAAGGGAUUUUAUUCAGUGUUAUGCCACCAAAGAAAUCAUGGAAGAAUAUUUCCAAUUUAUCAGGAGGUGAAAAGACUUUAAGUUCUUUAGCCUUAGUAUUUGCCUUACAUAAAUUCAAACCAACUCCACUUUAUGUUAUGGAUGAAAUCGAUGCUGCUUUAGAUUUCAGAAAUGUUAGUAUUGUUGCCAAUUAUAUUAAGGAAAGAACUAAAAAUGGUCAAUUCAUCGUCAUUAGUUUGAGAAAUAAUAUGUUUGAGUUAGCCAAACAAUUGGUGGGUAUUUAUAAAGUUAGUCAUAGAACAAGAAGUAUUUCUUUAAAGAAUAAGGAAUUCUUGUAG